CCUACAGUGACCAAUACAAUCUAUCGGAAACCGGCGGAGACUUUCCGAACAACCCGAUACUUCAAAAAAAUAUGGUACUUCAUAUUUUUAUUGGAGAAAAAGAAAUUGAUUCUCUAAGUGAGAAAAUUGAAAGUAUAGAAGAUCUUCAGAAUAUUCUUACAAAAGUAUCCAAUGUCUAUCCAUGUAAGGAAGUUGGCAAUAAAACCUGUGCACAAUUGUACAUUGGAUACGUGACAAGAGAUUGCUCAGUACGUGGUGUGAAGCGUGAAAGAUGUAUUUCGUGUGCGAAACAUUAUAAAAAGAAACUUAAAAUAUUAAAUAGGCCAACACGACUGAAAAAAUUGUCAAGAACUGGUGAAACCCGUGCGAGAUGUAAAAAUAUUGUGCGGAAAAAUGUAAGACUUCGGAAGAAGGUAAACUUUCCUAACAUGUAUUAUUGCAUAUUUUGCACAUUAUUGCUGUUGACGUGA